UCUAGUUGUGACGCGUCGUGUAAAGAUACAGAAAAAUUUGUGGUCGUUUUCGGUGAUUUUUCUUUAUAAAAGUUUUAAUCCUGUACAAUAAUUGUUUUUCAAACUGUUGCCAAUUUAAUUGCGUUUCGUUGGCACAGUGUGUGGAGAGAAAACUUGAUAAAUUAAGCAAAACUGCCGAAAAACUACGCAGAAAUUGUUUCUUCACAUUCCAUUUUGUGCUCGAUAUUCGGAGCAGGUCAGUUGAUUCGUUAGUUUAGUUUGGACCGAAUUUUUAGACUCUAUAGUUAAUUGAAAGCAAGACGGUGAAUUUAGAACCAAAUGCGGUCGUUGGAACAUAGAACGAACGAAUAAAGAGAAGGAAGCAACAGAAAAAUCAGACAAACGCCUCGCUUGAUAGUAACAGCGAAACGGUGCAGAGGCGCAGUCACGGAAUUUGAGUGAAGUUAUAGCUGUAGGGAGGUGCAACCGCAACGUAAUCGCUAACGACAACAGCAACGGCAACGGCAACAGCGGCUGGAAGAAAGAAGGUAAAAUAGAAGGGACAAAAUGAGUCAUAUUAAUAUGAUGAAGUUGAAGUUGAGCCUAAAAUAGCGAUUUUGUUACAAUUUGGAUUGUGCUUCCAGUUUUGGGUUUCCAAUAAAGAAGAAAAGAAUAUUCCGAAAAAGUGAUAACUAAACGAGCUAAGUGAAAAAAGCAAGAUCAUUAAAAAGAAACAAAGUUCAAUAACGAAAAACGGGCAUAUCCAAAAUUACAAUAGACACUACAAGAAAAAGCUACGGCAAUAACUCGCUAAAAGAGAAGUAGCUUAAAUUGUUGAUCGCAAUAGAAUAAAAUCAGUGUAAAUCCAUCAACAUAAAGCGUUUACUCCAACAAAGGAAAUACGUAAUUACGUUAUCACUUGUAGUGCAAGACCAUAUAUAAAUUGUCGUUUUAUUACUUAUUCAGUAAACAUAAAAAAAUCAAGUAAUACGUCCACCCCUUCACUGACACUAUGCGUGAAUAUAAAAUUGUUGUCUUGGGUAGCGGAGGUGUAGGCAAAUCGGCACUGACCGUGCAGUUCGUGCAAGGUAUAUUCGUAGAAAAAUAUGAUCCCACAAUUGAGGACAGUUAUCGCAAACAGGUGGAAGUGGAUGGCCAACAAUGCAUGUUGGAAAUACUGGACACUGCUGGUACAGAACAAUUCACCGCUAUGCGUGAUCUCUACAUGAAAAACGGCCAAGGCUUUGUUCUUGUAUAUUCCAUAACAGCACAAUCAACAUUCAAUGAUCUGCAAGAUCUGCGAGAACAAAUAUUGCGUGUGAAAGAUACAGAUGACGUACCAAUGGUGCUAGUGGGUAACAAAUGCGAUUUGGAAGAUGAGCGCGUGGUAGGAAAAGAAUUGGGUAAAAGUCUGGCCACACAAUUUAACUGCGCCUUCAUGGAAACAUCAGCCAAAGCUAAAGUAAAUGUCAAUGAUAUUUUCUAUGAUCUGGUCAGGCAGAUCAAUAAAAAGUCACCCGAGAAGAAACAGAAGAAACCUAAAAAAUCCUUAUGUGUUCUGCUAUAAGACUACAAUUUUAAAACAAAUAUAUAAAAAAUAUGGUAUUGAUUGAAGCAAAUAAAUAAACAAAUAGUGAGGAUAAAAAAAUGUUUGAGUACCAAGGAUAAAAUUGCGAAAAACAUUGCUGUUAAAUGUGGGGGUUUUCUAAAGUCCGCUA